UUUUCUCACCAGGGAAACCAAUUUUCACACUUUCCAAACAGAACGACAGCGCCACACCGACUGACACUUCAUUUACCUUUUGCUUUUCUUGUCUUUCGCUCUUCUCCCUGUAUGUAUUGGUUUACCAAAACCAUUCUGCACCGUUCUUCGCACGUGUAAACUAUCUCCAUGUCUCUAUCUUUAUAAUCCGCAGUCAAACACUGAUUGUUGAACCUGAACUUCUCUCUGCAAGACUUUCUAUGUCAAUAACUUGUCAGUUACUCUAAAGAGCUUUGGAAUAAAGAAUUAGAAAGUAUUACUAUUAGUUUAUGCUCUGUUUUUGAAGUCGCUGAGCUUGAGAAGAGAAUAUUUCUUUGCUUUUGCUUUCCUUGUACUUUGUUUUAGUAGGUAUGGAGCGUUAUGAGAUUGUGAAAGAUAUUGGGUCAGGGAAUUUUGGGGUGGCCAAGCUGGUUAGAGAUAGAUGGACCAAAGAGUUCUUUGCUGUUAAGUUCAUCGAGAGAGGCCAAAAGAUUGAUGAACAUGUAAAAAGGGAAAUUAUGAACCAUAGAUCAUUGAAGCAUCCCAAUAUAGUUAGAUUCAAAGAGGUUCUGUUAACGCCUACCCAUCUAGCCAUAGUCAUGGAGUACGCUGCAGGAGGAGAACUCUUCGAGAGGAUAUGUAAUGCUGGUAGAUUUAGUGAAGAUGAGGCAAGGUUCUUCUUCCAGCAAUUGAUAUCAGGAGUUAGUUACUGCCAUUCGAUGCAAAUUUGUCAUAGAGAUCUUAAACUUGAAAAUACACUCUUAGAUGGCAGCACAGCACCACGGGUAAAAAUAUGUGACUUUGGAUAUUCAAAGUCAGCUGUAUUGCAUUCUCAACCAAAAUCUACAGUAGGAACACCAGCUUACAUUGCUCCUGAGGUUCUGUCUAAAAAAGAAUAUGAUGGGAAGAUUGCGGAUGUUUGGUCUUGUGGAGUUACCCUGUAUGUGAUGCUAAUCGGAGCAUAUCCUUUUGAAGAUCCUGGUGACCCAAAAAACUUUAGAAAAUCAAUUGGGAGGAUUCUGAGCGUCCACUAUUCAAUCCCAGAUUAUGUCCGAGUUUCUGUGGAGUGCAGGCACCUCUUAUCUCGAAUUUUUGUGGCGAAUCCUGAAAAGAGAAUAACCAUUCCAGAAAUAAAAAAUCAUCCAUGGUUCUUGAAGAACUUGCCCAUAGAACUAACGGAAGGAGGCAGCUGGCAAAGCAAUGACGUGAAUAACCCAUCUCAAAGCAUUGAAGAAGUUCUGUCUAUAAUCCAAGAGGCAAGAAAAACUGUUGAGCUGCCAAAGAGUGGAGACAAUUUGCUUGAAGGAAGCAUGGAUCUUGAUGACAUAGAUGCUGAUGUUGAUUAUGAUACAAGUGGCGAUUUUGUGUGCCCUUUAUGAGCAAUCUGAAUAAAUAAAAUCAUACUUUUUUGAGGUAUUGUAUACAUGAUUAUAGGCAUCAUAUUUUCUGUUAAUGGAUGAGUCCCUUUGUGUAAUCCUUGUUUAGCCACAUGGCAUUUCAUUUCCCUUUUUGUAAAUCCUCUCUGUUGCUUUAUUUGCAACCUUCAGUAUUAAAUAUAAAUUUUUGCUUGUGAUGUGGUUGUAUACUAUUAUUCAA